UGGCGGGCCAGGCUUAAGCAGCGCCCGGCCUCCCGCCCGCGCCCUCCAGCGGCUCCCACCCAACUGCCGCCCCAAAGAGCUCGACGUGGGCCGCGGAGACCGCGCGCGGGCGCAUGCGCACCGCAGGCCCGCCCCACACGCAGCCACUUCCGGCGCGCUGGUGGAGGUGCGGUUCCGGGUCGCUGCUCUGCUCGCCGGCCGGCCGAGGGGGGCUGGUGACGCGGGCCGGCGUUCACGAGAGGUCCCGGAGGCGGGGCUCUGCCGACUGCCCACAGAGCGGCAGGACAGAAUGCUUUGACCUCCAAGCUGUUUUAAAUCUGGCAGAUAAGCCAGAUACUGUUUUCCAUAAGCCCUUGGCCCACAUUUAAGUGGGAAUGCAACGCUCUCAGAUGUCUGGAACUUUUUAGGCACCAAUCUCUGAAGUCCUGGUUGCUGGCCUAAGGACUGGUCUACUGUGGUGGUUCGCAAAGCUGGUCAUCAGUGCGGGAUAGCCACACGACAAUAAUGUUUGCAAAACUAAAGAAGAAAAUAGCAGAAGAGACUGCUGUGGCCCAGAGACCAGGAGGUGCUACUCGGAUCCCACGGUCGGUGAGCAAGGAAUCCGUUGCCUCUAUGGGAGCUGACUCAGGAGAUGACUUUGCUUCCGAUGGAAGCAGCUCCAGAGAAGAUCUUUCAUCCCAGCUUUUGAGAAGGAAUGAACAGAUACGGAAAUUAGAAGCCAGACUUUCUGACUAUGCUGAACAGGUCCGAAACUUGCAGAAGAUAAAAGAGAAGCUUGAAAUUGCGUUAGAAAAACACCAGGAUUCUUCAAUGCGGAAGUUUCAAGAGCAGAAUGAGACAUUCCAAGCCAACAGAGCCAAAAUGGCAGAAGGACUGGCUUUGGCAUUAGCCAGAAAGGACCAGGAAUGGUCAGAAAAAAUGGAUCAGCUUGAAAAGGAGAAAAGGUUUCUGACGGCUCAGUUACAGGAAAUAAAGAACCAGAGUUUGAAUCUUUUCCAAAGGAGGGAUGAAAUGGAUGAAUUAGAGGGGUUCCAGCAGCAGGAACUAAGUAAAGUAAAGCACAUGCUUUUAAAAAAAGAAGAGAGUCUGGGGAAAAUGGAGCAAGAGUUGGAGGCACGAACCAGAGAGCUUACUCACGCCCAGGAGGAGUUAAUGACCUCCAAUCAGAUGUCAUCAGACUUAAGCCGGAAGCUAGAAGAAUUGCAGAGACACUACUCAGCGCUGGAAGAACAGAGAGAUCAUGUGACAGCAGCUAAAACAGGUGCAGAAAGUAAGAUCGCAGCCCUGGAGCAAAAGGAACAAGAGCUCCAAGCAUCCAUUCAGCAGCUUUCCGUGGAAUUGCAGAAAGCCACUGCUGAGACUCAGGAGAAAGAAAAACUCAUCACACACUUGCAGGAGAAGGUCUCAUCCUUGGAGAAGAGACUGGAGCAGAACUUCUCAGGAGAAGAACACGUGCAGGAGCUCCUGAAAGAGAAAACAGUUGCUGAGCAGAAUUUGGAGGAUACCAGACAGCAGCUCUUGGCAGCCAGAAGCAGCCAAGCCAAGGCCAUGGACAUCCUGGAGACUCGGGUGCAGGAGCUCGAGCACAGCUUGCAGGCGUCUGAGGAGAAGCUGAAGCACAGUGGUGACGUUGUGGCCGCUCAGGAAGCUCAGAUCCGGGAGCUUGCCGCCGCAAACAAGGAGAGCAGCUGGGCCCAGCAGCAGGCCCUCGCCCUGGAGCAGCGGUGCACGGAGCGCGUCCGCACCCUGGAGGCCCAGCUCGCAGCCCUGGAGAGCACCCGGGCGGCCGACCGGACCGCCGCAGCGCGGGAGGUGACAGAACUGGAGCAAGAAAAUGCAGCCCUUAAAGAAAGUAAGAAUGAAUGUGAACGUUCUUUGCAACACCACCAACUUGAACUAAAGAAGCUUAAGUUAGUUCCAGGCGGUGCCCGUCUGACUUCAUGCAGCCAGCCCUUCCUCUGUGUCAUCGUCAGCAGCUGCCCGGAAGUCAUGCUGUCAAACCACCCGGGCUUCUCCCUCGAGCUCCACCUGCUGGCAGAGGUGCCCGCCGCACCCCCAGGACGCGCAGCUGGGCAGCCACGUAGCUGGCAGAGGCCCAGACCAGACGGAGCCUCGUCGCACAGCAGAGGAGAAAGGGGCAGCGGGGCCCAUGGGCUGCACGAGGUUCCCUCGUCUCUACGAGAGAUGGACUCAACAGAAGGUCACGACUCUGCCCUGUUGCAGAUGCACCAGCUGCAGAGCGAGCUGGAGGCCCUGCAGAGCCUGAGAGCAGACGAGUCCGAGGCUACCACGAGGCUCAGCGUGCUGAGACUGCCCGGCCCGGAGCAGGGGCUGGCGCACUCGGCCCCCGAGCCUCAUGUAACCUCGAGGGCCACCCAGGACCCCACAUACCAGCUUCCGGCUGCAGAGGGAAUCCCAAAUGGUGAGGUGGGGGCCGUGGACCUAGGGCAGCUGCAGAAAGAAAAACAGGACUUGGAGCAGCAACUUGCGGAGAAAAACAAGACUAUAAAGCAGAUGCAGCAGAGGAUGCUAGAACUCAAAAAGACUCUCCAGAAGGAACUGAAAAUCAAACCCGACAGUGAGCUCUUUGAGGUCCGAGAGAAGCCCGGCCCCGAGAUGCCCAACAUGGCUCCUUCCGUCACGAAUAACGCUGACCUGACUGAUGCCCGCGAGAUCAACUUUGAGUACCUUAAACACGUGGUCUUAAAAUUCAUGUCCUGUCGAGAGUCUGAGGCUUUUCACCUUAUAAAAGCUGUGUCAGUGUUGCUGAACUUCUCACAAGAGGAAGAGAACAUGCUCAAAGAAACCCUGGAGUAUAAGAUGUCGUGGUUUGGGUCCAAGCCAGCUCCCAAGGGCAGCAUCCGGCCGUCCAUCUCCAACCCUCGGAUCCCGUGGUCCUAGGUGGAAAUCCCACCAGAUGGAUCUCCAGGCCAUGACACUUUUUCUGUGAAAAGAACACUGACACACCAGUCUGGGUGGGUUUUUAAUCACUGUAACUGCAGUAUUUUGUACAAGCGUCAAAACGUUGUUUACAAGACGUAAGGCGCCCUUCCUGACAGACUGACCGGAACCUCAGGAUGGCUGAUCCUGUGUCAUUGUGCCCACCAAGCGGGAGGGUCCUGGCACUACCCACGGUUCCACAGUGCUGCUGAGCUCCCAGCUUCGGCCCGCACACGUCUGCCCAAGAAUCCUCUCUCUGCUCACGUUCGCACUUAAAGCCGAAGCCGUCAGCGUCGGUCAGAGAGGAGGCACCGGUCCACCAGGUAGUGCUGGGGCCGGACGCAGAGCCAGCCCUUUGCAAUGGUGCCCGGCGGGCCAGACCCGCCUGCUUCUGCCACAGAGAGCCAGCCCGUUGGGGGUGGCUCCUCAGAAUUCCCCUUUCCUGUCAACAUGUUUGGGUUCAGAUGAGUUAGAAGAGGCUUUUUAACCCCUCCCCUCAAGAAAACACUGUUUCACCCCGUUUCUCAAACCACCCGGAACUUUAGAUGUGUACAUCUUUGAGGUACUCUGGGGCCAGUGUGGAUUCAUGAAUAUGCAACUUUCUGACAGUAUCUCAUUUUACCGAAGAAAACUAGCAAAUACAUAAAAAGAUCCUUAGCACCAAAUACACUCAAUUGCCUUUUUAAUGAAUGUACUUGUCUUGGAUAGGUUGCUGGUAAACCAUUUUAAACUAUUUUUUAUAGCUAAAAUUCUUCGCUAUUAUAAACAGUCUCUGUAUUAUAAAAUCCAUUUAACUGCUGUUCUUAAAGGCAAAUCAGAGCAUCAAGGGGAAAUUAUUUCUAAAAUUGGGAUUUCUUUCCCUUUUUUAAUUUCACUAGCAUUCCGUGGUCUCUGCUUCCCUCUGAAGCACCCGUGGUUUCAUUUGCUUUGCUCUUAAUUCUGUGUCGUAAGACGGAGCAAAUGCUAACCACGCACUCGCUCCGGUUAAGGUCAGUCUGCUCCACUCGGAGGAAGCAGCAGCCGCCCCGCCCCCACCUCCAGGUCCUUGACCAGAACGUGGGGAGCGGUUUGCCUUGUGCGUGGCGCCACCGUCUCUCUCCCUAACCCUGCCCCUGUGCGCCUCAGAUGACACCACACCCACAGAGGCAUCCAGACAGCCCCCAGCCGGCUACAGUACUUGACGGCGCGCAGAUGGCUCUGGUAGGGACCUUCAAAAACUCUCAUUAUUCUUAAGGAAAGGGGACCGUGCUUGCCCUGGAUAAUCCACAGUAUGGACUCUAAAGAGAAACUGUUGAUUUCAUCUGACAAAAGUUUUACUGGUGAAAUAAGUUAGUAACUGGAGCUCCUAAAUUUAUUUUCAGUUAUCCAAUGAUGUAAAGUUCUGUUUCUCAAAAAUGCUUAGGGUUAAAAUCUGUAAAAUACAUCUUACAGGGAAAAAAGGAUUUGCAGUUAACCUACUCCAUUUCCACAGACUUGGAAGCACCAGGCAAGGGCAGCGUCACCGUCAUCCCAGCUAGGCUGUCUGCCACCGGGCCCGUUCUCCAGUUACCUACCUCCUCCCGUGGCUCCUCCCUGCAGGCGGCUUUCCCUUGUUUAGAGUAUUAUUUUCCACUUACCUGGUGGGGACGCAAGAUAGGAAUGCCUUCCGUUCUGUAAUCUGGGGAACAGGCACCUUUCCUAGCUGUCCUAGGACACUCCCCGAGACCGGGUGGCUCAGGGCUCGCCGGAGAUGGCUGCGACACAGCACAGGAGCCCCGUCCCAGUCUGCUGUGGCCUCUCCAGCCCUUAAGCUGGUCUCCCCCUGCCCCAUCCAUGUCCCCCGGCAGCUUCAGGUGUAGGUGUGGGACCCAUCACUCGGCCUGUACUUGCUUAGGGAGGAUUCGUUCGGAUGAGGCUUUCCUCCUGCAUGUUGAAUUUCCUUCAGCUCUAAGAGGAAGAGUGGAGUAAAUAUUCUAAGUGAGUUAAUGCACUUUUACUUGUAUAAAAGGUUCUGUGAUAGACAGUGUGUAUAGCCCUUUAUAUGAGCAUUGGAUUUGGAUCUCUCCAUGUUGUAAAUAAGAACUGUAUUAUCUAAGACUGCUGUAGAAACUUCAUUUGUGGUGUCAUUUUUUGAUUAAAGCUCUUUAAUCCAGAUGCAA